AUGAAAAUCUUCUCCAUCGUCUCCUUCAUUCUCAUCUUAAUUGCUUCUUUAUUCGAGCAUGUCGAUGCUCAGGCACUCAGCCCAUGGGGAAAAAUCGGGUUAGCCGCUCUUGGAGGAGCCGUUGUGGAUAGAACAUUCUCUCGGCAGCCGACGAAUAAUUACUACUACAGUUAUCCCGGAUAUUAUACUUAUGGAAAGAAAAAAUAA